GGGAGAACUUGCCCUUGCGAUUAUUUUUGUAUAUAAACUAUAUCGUAUCUAGAGAAAAUUAUCAUUCAAUCAGAACUAUUUGAUCCAGUGAUAUCUCACCCAAAUGGCAUUCAAGUUUGUUUUAUUCGCCGCAUUAGUAGCUGUUGCUCGCGCUGGACUUGUUCCAGCUGGACCAGCAUUAGCCUAUGCCGCCGCUCCAGCCUACGCUAGCGUCGCUGCACCAGUAGCAGUAACAAAAACCAUUGUCGACUCCGAAUACGACCCAAAUCCACAAUACACAUACUCAUAUGGUGUAUCUGAUGCUUUAACUGGUGACCACAAGAGUCAAACUGAAAGCCGAAGUGGUGAUGUUGUCCAAGGACAAUACAGUUUAAUCGAACCUGAUGGUUCCCAACGUACCGUAGACUACACAGCUGACCCAAUCAAUGGAUUCAACGCUGUUGUAAGCAAAUCUAACCCAGCUGUUGCCGUCAAAGCUGCCGUAGCUGCACCAGUUGCCUAUGCUGCUGCUCCAGCCAUCGCUAAAGUAUCUGCUCCAGUUGCCUACGCUGCUGCCCCAGCAUUGUCAUAUGCUGCAGCUCCAGCUUAUGCUCGUUUGGCCGCCCCAGCUUACGCUCGUUUAGCCGCUCCAGCCUACGCUUCAUACGCCGCUGCUCCAGCACUUUCAUACGCUGCUGCCCCAGCUCUUCGAUACGCAGCUGCCCCAGCUUUAUCUUACGCCGCUGCUCCAGCUCUCUCAUACGCCCCAGCUGGUGCCUACUACCACUAAAUGUAUAAUUGUCGAAGACUGUGUUUUAUUUAUUAUUCUCGAAUUGUUUUCUUUUUUUAUGACGAAU